UCAAAUUUAAUCGAAUCAAACUCAACUCAUAUCAUCUCUAUCAGUUUCGAUCUCCGAACAACUAGUUUUCUUUUUAACGAAUUUAGAUAGAUUUAGGAUGUGCUGGCCCCUAUGCCUUUGCCCUCUUUCUCUUCUGCCGUCCAAUUCGACGAUUCAGGGUUAAUUUAAGCAAAAAUUUUGAUCUGCGAUAUCGGACCUUCCAUCGCAUCAAAAUCUGUAGGAGAGGAAUGGAGUUCUCCAGAAAAGUUCCUUCCUUGGUGGAGCUAUGUACGCAGACGGCAAUCGCUAAUCUUAGGUACAUGGGAGAUGUUGGAGAUAUGGAUUUAGACCUAUUGAAGGAUAUCUUACCUCACUGUAAUAUCGAUCAGUUGACUCAUAUUGAGAAUUCGACAGAAGGAAGAGAUCUUAGCCCAGUUACGGAUGGCCUGUGGAAAAGAUUCUACGAGCAACAAUUUGGAUCGGAGAGUACUAAUAUUGUGAUCAAGAGGAUGAAGCAGAAGAAAAUAGUAUUUAAAUGGAGACUUCUUUAUGAGGCAAAGUUGAAGGAGAGGGAAGAAGCACAAAAUAGAAUGGCUGAGAAACUUAAACAGCGAUAUGCAGAAAGUCAAGCUAAGAAACAAAGUCGGCAAAUCAAAAUUUGUUCCAAAGUUCCUCCUAGCAGUAAAAGGAGUUUCUGGGAAGGGAGUGGACCAGGCACUAACCUGUCUAAUGUGAAGGGGAACUUGAUGAAAAAGGCAAAAUUGGAGUAUCUCAAUAGCCAUGAAGCAAAAGUGCAUGCUCAGAUUAGGAAAAAUUCUUUGCAACGAAACAGCUUCACAUCUCAAAGUAUCUAUCGUUCCGUAAAGCCAAACAGUUUUCAACCAAGUAACAUCGAACCUAAGGUGACCGGCCCGGUUCAACGGAAGUUUUUCAUCGGCUACUUGGAUAAAUUGGAGAAAUGCACAUGAAGAUCUAUCCUGACAACUAGCGUUUUCGGAUUCACUAUCCAUUAGGGAGAAAAUCUUUCAUAAUAUACCGUAGUUGAGUUUCAAACUCCAUAUGCCUGAUUUAUCACUAGAUGGCUAGGUUUUCGUACUGCAUUUCUACAAAUUGAUGUCACUCUGUUUCUCGUUUGUAAUAACCAUUCUACUUUGCCCCAACGAGGAGCAUUUUUUUUCUCUCAUAGUUAAAAUUCUGUGUUAUUUACAUAGUUAUAUU